ACAAAAUGAUCACAUCUAGGAAGCUUUUGUUGAGGAUCUCGAGGGGUUAUUGACUUAUGGGGAAACCAGAGUGUCUGAUUCUCAAAAGCAGAGCGUUUGUGGAAAAUAAUGUCAUAGUAAAACCAUCUUGGGUUCUUUCGGUUUGGAUUGAUUUUGUAUGUCUCCUUGAAGACGUAUGCAGCCCACAUAGUGUUGUUAUUUCAUGCUCUUAAAAACAAAAUGUUCUCAUAAAAAUGUUUUCUAUUUUUGAUAUUUUUUCUUUUUAAAAGAGCACAAACAUAAAAGUUGACAUGACAAGUUCUGAGAUUAUGGUUCUUUUAAUCGCAUGGCUUAGAGCAGGAUUAUCCCAGGUGGGUUUUUAGAGAAAAUCAGUGAUUUAAUUAAAUCAAAAGUAAUUAAAAUGUGAGUAACCGAUCCUUAAUAAGGUAUUUUGGGGACCGAUUUAGGGGGGAUUUUUUAGACCACGUGUCGGCUUACAAAGAAGUUUCAAUUUUUGUUUUUUGUUUUAAAAAAAUUUUGUGUUUGUUUUCUUCUCUCGUGUUCUCCGUUUGUCGCCGUCGUCUCCAUCUUCUCUCCUCUUCUCCGCUGGACGACGAUGGGUUUUUGUUAAUCAGAAGCUUCAAGAGAACCCUCUCUUUCGCGAGACCUCUCUCCCCCAACUGUUUCCACUUCUACUCGGUGGACAAUACAAGGCUUUAUUAAUUGUGAUCGUGCUUCUUUUGGGAAUGUGAUCACAACGUGUUCGAUAUAAUACCUGAGAGAAUUUUCACAGGUUUCUUUGGAUGUAAGUUGGAUAUUUCGAGGGUGAGGAUGAUGAUUUUGGAUGUAUGCAAUGAGAUUCUAAAGAUCCAGAAGCUACGAUGGGUCGUCUCUUACGUUGGGUUCUACUGCUUCACUGCCGCUCUUACAUUCUUCUACACAAACAACACAACAAGAGCUGGAUUCUCAAGGGGCGAUCAGUUUUAUGCAUCGUACCCUGGUACCGAACUUCUGACCGACACAGCUAAGCUGUACAAAGAGGCACUUCGGAACUGCUAUGAAUCUGAGGAUUGGGGUCCUGUUGAGUUCUGUAUAAUGGCUAAGCAUUUUGAGCGCCAGGGAAAGUCUCCAUACGUUUACCAUUCUGUUCGAAAAGGAAGACUUACUGCCCAUUACAGAGAGAUCUUCGGUGAGCCGGGUAGUCGUUUAGACCCGGCCUCUUCUUCCGCUCCCAGUUCUUCGGGCCAGGAGACUGUCCCCGAGACUCAGUACACUCAGAGAGUCUCUGGGUCUACUUCUUCUACUGCACCAUCGGCUCCUCAUGUGCCUCCUCCGAUGCCUCCUCCUGUGCCUCCUCCGAUGGCCGCCGAUAUUCAUCCUGAUUUGAUGGUGCCUCCGAGUGCUCCUUACUCGCAGUACACUGUAGAGGACAUUCUCAGUCUGCCAGGCAGAGAAGGUUUACCAGUCAUCGACCCAGACCGACCGGACGGAACAUAA